AUGGAUUUGACUGUGGGAAUACUGAUGAUCUUUGCAGUGCUGUGCAAGGAUGUCUUCUCGGCAGCCAUCAACACCUAUGUUGGGCCUGAUGGAAGGAGCUACUACAACACGACUUUAGGCUGCAGUGUAGCAAGCCUGUACCCAACCAAUCCUUACAACGAGAGGACGAAAACCUACACAAACAGAGACGACCGUCAAUGCUGCUACUACGCUGAGACCAGGAACUCCUGCUGCAUGGACU